UACGAAGUGUUACGAACAUUACGAAGGUCUGUGAAGAACGAACGAAUAAGGUACAGUGUACGCACCGGACACCGGCUUCGAACUAAUCGAACUUCGACCUCGAAAACUGCUCUGCUCACCAAGAAGCCUAUAAUUGAAAUCGGAUCUCGCCUUCUUUCCUCAAUGGCUCAGGCAUUGCAAACACACGGCGUUGUGCCGGACGUUAUAGACAAGGUUCCACCGAGCGUUGUCAAUGUUACUUAUCCGAAUCAACUGAAUGUUGAAAUCGGCAAGGUAUUGACCCCGACUCAAGUGAAGGAUCCACCGACUGUUAAAUGGGACGCGGAUGCGAAUACCUUUUACACUCUCUGUAUGACCGAUCCCGACGCGCCGAGUCGCAAGGAGCCGAAAUUCCGCGAAUGGCAUCACUGGCUGGUGGGAAACAUUCCGGGAUCGGACGUCUCCAAAGGAGAAGUACUGUCCGAGUACGUAGGCUCGGGUCCGCCGAAAGGUACCGGGCUUCAUCGUUACGUCUUCUUGGUUUAUAAACAGCCAGAGAAAUUGAAAUUCGAUGAAAAGCGUUUGACGAACCGAAGCGGUGACAAUCGAGGAAAAUUCUCGAUCAGCAAAUUCGCCAAGAAAUACAAUCUCGGUGAUCCGAUCGCAGGGAACAUGUACCAAGCGGAAUUCGACGACUACGUUCCGCUUCUGUAUAAACAGUUGGGCGCCUAACAACCGCCGUCGUAUGCAUAGACCCGUGAAACACAAAUCCAAGUUUUCCAUUGAACAAUAAAAUUUUGCUAGCACAAGAA